AAGGCGGACGGCACCGACCUCGGCCUCGCCGUGUCGCAAGAGUGCGAGGCGUUGCUCAUAGAGUCGGUGCGCAGCGGCGGCGCCGUGGAGGCCUGGAAUCGCUCGUGCUCGGGGGGGCCGUGCCCGGAUCGGGUCGUGGGGCACGGGGACCGCAUCGUCGGCGUGAACGGCGUCACGCAGAACCCGGAGCGGAUGCUCGAGGACCGGUGCGAGGCGAAGCAGCUGCUGCGCCUCACCAUCCGCCGAGGGCUUGCCUCUGUGGCGGUCAUUGGCUCCAGGAAGCGGCCAUACGUCCAUGCGUGCGGACGCCUCCGAGUUCGUUCCCACAGGCGCCCACACCAUGCCAGCGCCAGACGCGACCGCUGGCGCCUAGCAUGGCCCCCGCACGACGACGGCCGCCACGCGGCCCGCCGCGGCGCCCGCGCCCAGCCAACGAUCGAUGGAGGCACUCUCGGCGGCCUUCGUGCACCUGGGCAGCUCGGCGACCGUGGGCGCCGAAUGCGACCCCGUGAGCCGCGUGCCUCCGUCGGGCCGCCUGCUCGUCCACAAUUUUUGCUUUGUGCCGACGUGGAGCCAGGUGACCUAGGCCGAGCCGCCAAUCACGCGCAGAGAUAG